AUGAGUUUGCAAGAGAUAAGUGAGAAGUUUCGACUCAAGACGCCAGCCUCCAGUCAACCUAUCAACCAGGCCUCCAGUCAACCUGCCAACCAGGCCUCCAGUCAGCCUAUCAACCAGGCCUCCAGUCAACCUGCCAACCAGGCCUCCAGUCAACCUGCCAACCAGGCCUCCAGUCAACCUGCCAACCAGGCCUCCAGUCAACCUGCCAACCAGGCCACCAGUCAGCCUAUCAACCAGGCCUCCAGUCAACCUGCCAACCAGGCCUCCAGUCAACCUGCCAACCAGGCCUCCAGUCAACCUGCCAACCAGGCCACCAGUCAGCCUAUCAACCAGGCCUCCAGUCAACCUGCCAACCAGGCCUCCAGUCAACCUGCCAACCAAGCCUCCAGUCAACCUGCCAACCAUUCCUCCAGUCAACCUGCCAACCAUUCCUCCAGUCACCCUGUCAACCAGGCCACCAGUCAACCUGCCAACCAUUCCUCCAGUCACCCUGUCAACCAGGCCACCAGUCAGUGUGCCAACCAGGUAUCCUGUGAACCUACAUCCAGUCAACCAACCAGCUAA